CGGCUUCAAACUGUAAACAUGGCGGCCUCCAUAAACACUCUUCUGCAGAAUCUCCACAAUGGAUCUGACUUACUUUCAACCCUUCAGGGCAUCAAGAUGGUCCUCCAAACCACCCAUCCAUCAGAGCUGAAGGAGCUGCUCAAGAAUGUCUCAUUCGAUUCGGUAUUUUCAUGCCUGAAUUCUACAAACAGGAGCGAGCUUGAGCUGAGUCGAGACAUUUUAACGACUCUGUUGGAUAAUGUAGAUGUUGAGGUCUUGCUGGCCCAGUUUAGAGAUGAGCUGUGUAUGGGACUAGGGCAUCCACAAGAAGACAUCAGGGCUCUCUGUCUGAAACAGAUCAAGAGAGCUGCAAGUGAAACAGCUGGUUUAAACAUCCUCCUCUCUGACGGGGAUCUCUUAUCGCUAGUCAUUUCUAAGGUUGGGGAUGACAACCUUGCUGUAGCCAAGAUCGCCAUGGCAGUUCUGCAGGUCGCUGGGUCGGAUGUCAAAGGUCAAGGGUUACUGUUUGGAGGUCAACAUCUUGUCAAUUUGAAGAGUGUGGCAGCAAAGAAUGACACUGUACGCUACAGAGUGUUUGAGGUUGCAAUCCAUGUUGCUGGUUCAUCUUCUUCAGCUCUUGAGCACGCUGUUUCUUCUGGUUUCCUUCAGGAUCUCAUCUCAGACAUCAACACCGACGAUGUCCUCAUUCAACUCAACGCCAUCGAGAUGCUCUCCAACCUAGUCGUAUCCCAGCAUGCCCUGUGCUUCCUUGAACAGCAAGGCGUGAUGGGAAGGCUGGAGAAUCUUCUGAUUGGUGCACAGACCGACCAAUCCCAGGACUUCCUCCUGCCGCCUAUCAUCAAGUUCUUUGGUACCGUGGCUCACUUUGACCCCAAGGAGGUCACCGAGAAGCAUGGCUCCUUCCUCAGAAUCACCUUUGAGCUUUUACCCUCUAGUGACCCCGCCCUAGGUUGUAUCGCUGUGGAAACAGUGGGCUUUGUUGGACGGACGGUGGAAGGAAAGCAGACACUUGAUAAACAAGGACAAGGCAUGACAGAUGCUUUGAAAAUGAUCGGGAGGUUACUGGUUCAACUGCCAACUGAGACAAGAAUGAGAGCAUUAGCAGCAACUCAAGAUCUGUUUACUCUGCAGGAAGAGCAUCAGACGGAUGACCUUCUCAGCAUGGAGGAAAGAUGGUUUACCAACCUGUCACCCAAACCCUUGGACCUUCUCCUUUCGCUCUGCAAGCAACCCUUCAUGGAGAUCCGUUGCAAUUCCCUUCUGAUCCUACGCGCCCUGGUGAACCAACCUUGGGCAGGGCGGAUGCUCAACCAGGAGGCAGGGUUCCUGGAGUAUCUCCUGGACAGGACCACGGAACCUGACAAGGAGGGCAAGGAGACCAAGUACUCCGUGGUGAAGGCCCUGGCGGAAGCCCCGUCAACGGGAGACAUCUUUGGAAGACCUGCUCUGUUGAGAUUGAAGGAGUAUGUCAGGGACGGUCCAUUCUAUGUGAGGGUACAGUCUGAAGUAGCCAUGGAGAGUGGAUCAUGAGGAUACUAAAACUCCCAGGACAAACACCUUUCAGUGCUAUUGAUCUAUCAGUACGUGCAUGGUCGUUGUAUGUUUGUGUGAGUACAGGACCUUCACAUGCUCCUUUCUUUCCGACCUAUCAGGCCAGAAUCAUCAUGUUUGGAUAAAAUUAUGAAAUGCUGUCCUUCAGAAUGAUCUGUGAUGACAUGGCAUGAGAAGGUUGUUUCUGUGAAGUAGAGGACUGUUAAUUCCUUUCCAUCAAACCUGGCAUUGGAAUCAUCACUUUGGGAUGAAAUACUUUCAGAUUGAUCUCUUAAGUCAAUCCAUGCAUGAUAAGGAUAUGUUUAUGUAUUGUUGUAUUCAACUUUGAACGAUUCAAGCAAGAUUUGCCAUCUACUUUAUGAGGGAGGUAAAGCAGUGAUUAUGAUUUUGAAAAUAUGAUGUGAACAAAUCAGCGAUUCGUUUUCAAAUUCAUUGCUGCGUAAAUAUUUCAGGACAAAAGCUCUGUAAGACUGUAGUCUGCAAUGAACUACAUUCAAUAUCAUUUAUACUAUUAAUUUCAAACAGAAUUUUCCCAUAUUUUCAUUAUAUGUUCACUUGUACAAUAGUCGCUUUACUUCUCAUAUAAUGUACAUGGAAUUCCAUAUGGGCUAAAUCCUACAACCAGUUUUUGAAAUUGUUGGUUAGUGUAAUACCCGCUUAAAAGUCUAAUGUACCAAGCCUCAACUCAUAUAUCUUAAGACUAACCCUCUUUAUGAAAGACUUUUACUCACUACUCAUAAAACUACUCUUUUUUUCUCAGAAAAAAAUAUUUUCCUAGGCUGGUGGUUUGAUAAAAUGAGAGUAGAUACUGCAGUACUUUCACAUCUUAACAUUUUCAGUGUGGCUAAUGCUUCAUAAUUAUACCCUGCCAAUCAAAGUUUGAAGGGGUAGGAAUCAGCGUGCGGUCAGGCAGUUGGUCGGUCGGUCCAUUGCAAAUUUUGUGCAUCAAACUACUUCCUCAGUUUUUAUCCCAUUCUCAUGAACUUGGCACACAUUUCCGUGCUGGGGUAAAGAUGUGCAAGACACACUUUUUGUAUGUGUUGGAAAUUGUGUUGCUAUGGUAACCGUAUAUUUUGAUAAAAAAUCUUGCAGUUCAAACUACUUCCUCAGUUUUUAACCAAUUCUCAUGAAAUUUGGCAGACAUUGGUCUUGAGGAAUAGAUGUGCAAGACAUAUAAUGUGUAUGUCAGAAAUCAUGUUGCCAUGGUAACGACAUAAUAUGUGGUGAAAAUUGGGUUAAAAUCUUGCAGUUGGAAUUACUUCAUCAAUUUUCAACCAAUUAUCAUAAAAUUUGGCUCACACAUUGGUUUUGAGGUAAAGAUGUCCAAG